AUGUUUAACUGGAGUAAGGACCUUUUACGACAAGUGCUCGGCGUCUUGGAAUUGGAGCCCAAAGUUGGUGGCGUCACAACGCUGAUAGCAGCACACGGCUUGGACGCUCGAGAUCCAGAAACGAUCACGGUGUGGGAAGCUCUUGAGUCUCGACGCAUGAGCAUGCGCAAUAUCGACAUUGCAGCCUCCAGCUGGCUUGAUGGUAGUCAAACAGUUCUUACUGGGCGGACUGCAGCUUAUCGAGCCCGUAUCUUAAAAGACCCAGAGUAUCUAUCUGCUUUUACAAACGAGCACUGGCUUGGGAGAUAUCGCAUGCAUUGCGGCGAUGACCAAUUCGCUACCCGCUGGCUGUUGAAUCACGGUUGGGAAGGUCGUAUCCAGACAGGAGCUACGAUCUAUAGCGAGGCCCUCUGCGACAGCCGGCAUAUCAAACAGACCCUACGAUGGGCAAGAAAUGGGAAGAUCUCGAGUGCGAAGCGGAUUUUCUCGAAACGCAUGUGGAAAGAAUACCCAUGGCUAUCAUUACUUACAGCUCAAACCGUUGUCGCCAUGAUAAUUCAAAUAUGGCGUCUCUCAUUUCUGGUGUAUAGUUUCUCUGACCCAUGGCUUCUAAUUGAAAGGCUUUUCCGCCCAAGAUGGUAUCUCAGGCAUUUAGGGGCCCAGAUCGUGAAGGAUUUCUUCCAGCACUAUUUUGUUACUUUCUAUACAACGAUAACACUUCAUGCACUCUGUUUCACCCCGGCAUUAGAUACUAAAACAAUUACAGACUUAACCUCCGGGGAAAGCGCGUCGCGCGAGCUGAUACACAAAAGUCAUCCGCUGCGACUACAAGCUAAGCAUGUAGACAAUGCAAGGAGACAGGUCCUUGCGUUAGCCUAA